AGAACGCUCUGAGCCGUAAUGGACGCUAGCUAGUUAGCUUUGCAGACCCCAAACGCUAGCAGGGGGAUAGAUAAUCAUGGCCGACGAUGACUUGGAUCAGCUUCUGGAUGAAGUUGAGAAAAAGUUUUGUCGUAACGUUUCUGUGGCGUGUUCGGCUCGGAAGGAUGAGAGUGAAAAAUCCCACGAGGACAUGAGAGAACAGAGAAAAGACAGAGCCAUCAAACCUGGGCAGCCCAUGAGCAGUGUCUCUGAGGAUAUCGAUGCUCUUCUGGAAGAACUCCUGGAGGAUGAUUACAGUGAUUCCCCUGCUUCAAAGUUUCAGACAGAACAGUUUGCUAAAGGACCACAAGUGGAGAAGAAGCUCUCAACUCAGUCUGGAGGAAGAAAGUGCUGUCCUGUUUUCCUUGGCGGGAGCUCAGUCACAAAUGGCGUCGGAACAGCUACAUCCAAGAGGUCAUGUGACCAGCUGCGGUGUGUAUCCUGUGACUUCCGGGUGCUGACGUUUGACGAUUCUGAAUGGGAUGCGUCCUGUGAUUACCUGUUCCUGAGGAACAACAUGCCGGACAGUCUGAAGCUCAGAACCAAGCUGAGGAAGAGGAGAGGUUCCCGGGCGUACGGCUGCCAGUGCAGCUGGUCCUCCGCGUCAGAGAUUACAGACGUCAGAGACCGACCUCAGCUCAGAUGGGUCUGUGGCAAACACCAGGACUGAUGUCCAACCUUUAACCUCUACGAACUUACAGUUUAUUCAUAAAGCACAAACAUAUCUUAAACGACUCAAUCACUUAGAGAUGAUUGUUUUUUGAUUUUGCAGUGAUCCAAACAACAAAUGAAGAAAUAUAUUUUGGAAAUGACGUCACAUCCUUCAACUAAAACUCCACAUGUGUAGAUUUGUUACAAUUGCACCACAAGCAGCUGAUCUGCCUCCAUUUGAACAUCUCAGUUCAGUCCGUUUUUGUCUCUAGAUUUUGCUGCCUCUGGAUGAUGGAGCUUCUCAGCCCCCCUCCCUACAGAGGGAGCUCAUUUCAAAACGCUUGUUCCCUGUAAAACAAAUAAUCAUCUUGGUGUUUUUCAGGAAACAAAACUGCGAAAAGAAUCAGGCAAUCUGUUUUUAUUACUGAACGCUGUGUUCUUUGACAAAGUCACAGUUUGGUUGUUGCAGAACAAUGAUUCAGUCAUGAGUGAUGCCUAAACGGGGAGGAGGAACAGGCAGCGGCGGGCCAUUGUUUGCAUCCCACCUGCUGCGUGUGAGUGCUGACUGCAUCACUGUGUUGAUGUGCAUCAUUUCAUUAGGGGGCGACCCAUUUCCAUGCAUUAGUAUUCAUCAGUGAGCUUUAGCUUCAGGCUGACUUUUCACUCAGCGCUGCCUGUGUGUUACACGUGUUUUAUCAUAGUUUUAUCAUGGUUUUAUCAUGUCAUCGGGGAGAAGGAGGCGACCGAAGUCAGGAACGUCACUGUUCACAUUCAGAUAAAAACAACAAAGGCAGCCUUCUCACAUCUGUCCACUUGAGGCUUUUUAGAAGGAGCUAAAAAAAAUUGUGUGUAAGCUCUGUUGGAAAAAGAUGUUCUUUAUUUGUUUUGAUUCAAUAAGCAAUGAAAAAUGUAUUUAAUGACAUAGUAAUAAAUGUCCUCUGUGAAGAAGA